GUCUUUUAGUCUUCGUUCGUCCUUGGUCCCUGGUCCUACCGGCGUCCCUACUUCGAGGAGACGUUCGGUGUCCGCCGACAUCGCAAGGAGGAACAGGUUUAUCUACAUCGAGAUUCCCCCCUUUUUUCGUUCGUCCGUGGUCCUUUUAGCCUUACCGACGUCUCUUGCUUCGAAGAGGACGUUCGGUACCCAAGGAACUCGCAGGGACGAACUGGUCUACCCUCACGGGUUCCCGUCUUUGUUAUCCCACGUCCAUCGAUCCAUGGUCAUUUGUGGGAUAAACAGGUUUAUCUUGGCAGGCUCCCUUGGUUCGUCUAGCCCCCUCCGCGUCUCUACUAACCUCUACACCGAGAGGCGUUCGUCUUCGGCGGUUGGAGAAGAUCUGGCACACCCGGGCAAGAUUCCCUUCUACAUAGGAGCUCCUCUCCUCUUCUCCCCAUUUUUUUUUUUUUUUUUUUUGGUGGAGGCAAUCCAUACUCUUCGCUCGUCAUUGGUCCCUGGUCCUACCGGCGUUCCUACUUCGAGGAGACGUCCGGUAUCCGCCGACAUCUCAAUGAGGAACAGGUUUAUCUGCAUCGAGAUUCCCUGGUGCUUCGUUCGUCCUUGGUCCUUGGUCCUACCGGCGUCCCUACUUCGAGGAGACGUUCGGUAUCCGCAGACAUCACAAGGAGGAACAGGUUUAUCUGCAUCGAGAUUCCCUGGUGCUUCUUUGUCCGUCCCUGGUCCGUGGUCCUACCGAUCUUCCUACAUCGAAGAAGACAUUCGGUAUCCAAGAAACUCGCAGGGAUCACGGGAUGUCACACAUAAUGGUGGUGGCAUGGCGAACAAAUAUAAUGACGAGGCGAUGGAAAUGCUGGUCGUCAUGCGAAGGCGAAGGUCACCCCCCCUGAAGGGAGGGGUGAGCCCGAUCGCUAACUCAAGAAGGUCGGCAUUGGGAGCCGAUAUACAAUGAUCAUAAUGUCGCUGAGCAGUUGGUCCUGAUAAGGAGAUGACAAUAAUGUCCGAUCAGGCCGAUAUAUCCGAGCAAACGGCUCUCAUCCACGCAGCGCGGGGAUGAAACCGGUCUUCAAAAAGGUAAAUAUGUCGUGCCGAGAGGCCGAACAUGAUAUGACAGUGUCGGCAGUGAGAGGCCGACCUGAAAGAAUCAAGCAACGGCCCUCGUCCGCGAGGGGCAGGGACAAGGCCGGUCUUCAGAAGAUAAGCACGCCGAGCCGAGAGGCCGGUCGUGGUAUAAUGAUGUCGGCGAUGAGAGGCCGAACAUGAUGUGAUAGUGUCGGCACUGAGGGGCCGACCUGCAAUCCAGCAACGGCUCUCAUCCGCACAGUGCGGGGAUGAGGCCGGUCUUCAAAAGAUAAACACGCCGAGCCGAGAGGCCGGUCAUGAUAUAAUGAUGUCGGCAACGGGAGACCGAUCCGAAAUCAAGCAACGGUCCUCAUCCGCGCAGUGCGGGGACAAGGCCGGUCUUCAAAAGAUAAACACGCCGUGCCGAGAGGCCGGUCGUGAUAUAAUGAUGUCGGCAAUGAUAGGCCGAUCUGAAAUCCAAGCAACGGUCCUCAUCCGCGCAGUGCGGGGACAAGGCCGGUCUUCAAAAGAUAAACACGCGGUGCCGAGAGGCCGGUCGUGAUAUAAUGAUGUCGGCAAUGAGAGGCCGACCUAAAAUCAAGCAACGGUCCUCAUCCGCGCAGUGCGGGGACGAGGCCGGUCUUCAAAUAAGAUAAUCACGCCAGGCCGAGAGGCCGGUCGUGAUAUGAUGAUGUCGGCAAUGAGAGGCCGACCUAAAAUCCAGCAACGGUCCUCCUCCACGCAGCUCGGGGACGAGGCCGGUCUUAAAAUAUGAUAAUCACGCCGUGCCGAGAGGCCGGUCGUGAUAUGAUUGUGUCAGUUGGCCCUCGGCCGUAACGGUCUCCUCUAGGCCUUCGGCCUCUGAAUGAUGGAUGAUCGUCUCACGGUUCUUCGCCGUGGCAGUCCCCUCUAGACCCUCGGCCUCUAGGUGUUCUUCCUAGGCAAUCGGUCUCUGGGGUGGAGAUGCUCGUCUCACGGUCCUCAACCGCGAUUGUCUCCUCUUUAGCUGGCCCUGAACGUCUUCAAGACUCGGGCCGAGCGUCUUUUAAUC